CAUUCUUCUUUUUCUGCCCCCGAUCGAUCGUGCGAUACAACAACCGUAAGCACAUGCCAGAAAGAAAUCACUUCAAUUCUCCUCCUUCGCAAUACUCAUGAUCGAUUUCAGUGUUAGAGAGCAAAGAAAAGCAAAACAAAAUGGCAACAAAGCAAUUGCAUAACGGAGACACGAUUCCAGUCCUUGGACUGGGAACCUAUCGAGUGAAAACAGAAGAUGUAUUAAAGCCGGUUGUGCAUCAAGCUAUUCAAAACGGAUAUCGAUUAAUAGAUUCUGCAACAGUUUAUCGGAACGAAGAAGUCUUAGGGAGAAUAUUAAAGGAGGUGUUUGAUGAUCCAUCGUUUGGUGUUCAGCGACAAGACAUGUUUAUCACUUCAAAGUUAUCACCUCAAAACCAAGGGUACGAUGCUUGUUAUAAAGCUGUCACUGAAUCUCUGGAACGGUUUGGUCUCGAGUAUUUUGAUCUUUACUUGAUCCAUUGGCCAGGUACUGCCAAAAAGAAAUUAAGUGAUCCAAUCAAUCAAGAAAACCGCAUGGGAAGUUAUCGCGCGCUUGAAACUCUCCACCGGGAAGGCAAAGUACGACAUAUCGGUAUAUCCAAUUAUACAGCUCGACACCUACAACACUUGCUUGACCACUGUGAAAUCGUGCCUCAUGUCCACCAAUUUGAACUACAUCCACGGCUCGUACAACAAGAUAUCUUAGAUCUCUGUGACAAACAUCACAUUCAAGUCCAAGCUUAUUCAAGCUUGGGCGAGGGCAAACUGCUGACAGAUGAGGAUGUGCUGGAUAUCGUUAAAGACCGAAAUGUUGCACAGGUGUUACUGAGAUGGGCAGUCCAGCAUGGUUGGAUCGUAAUACCAAAGUCAAGCAAUCCUGAUCGCGUCUCGUCGAAUGCCAAAGUACUUUCCCUGGAACUCUCGGAUGAGGAUAUGAAAAAACUUGAUGCAGUUCAUCAAGCAGAAACUCAACGCUUUUGCUGGGAUCCAUCCGAUAUCAUUUAAAAAUGUGCAUCUCUUUCAAACUAACCGCGCUAUUUUAAGUUUAAAACAAUAGAAGCACAGAACAAGAAGAUGUGAUUUUAUUUGUAAUAAAAAAGUAUGGAAGAAGAUGUAAAAGAGAAAAACGUAAUAUAUACGGGUUUAUAUACAGGAAGUGAUAUAAGC